AUGCGGCUGGCGUGGAAUCCAUUGGAUUACGGUGGAAUCACACAUUUCUAUGUGCCUCAGAAGAAUUUGUGGAUUCCCGAAUUAUCGAUUAGUGAUGCGUGAGGUUUUGAAAUUGCAUAAUUUUCAGAGCUAAAUAUUUUUAAAUCGAAAAAAUCAAUUUUUUUCAAAUUUCAUUGGAUUUUUGAAACAGUGAAAAUUUUUGGGAAGAAAAAAAAAUUAUUCGAAAAUCCGAUGGAAAAAUGGAAUUUUCAGAAAAAUUCUGAAAAAACUCGGGAAAAAUUCCGGAAUUAUCGAUUAGUGAUGUGUGAGAUCUUGGCAUGCUCUUCUCUUCUUUAAUCUGAGCAAUGCACAAUUUUCACAGAUGAAUAUUUUCAAAUAGAAUUUCUAAAUAGAUCAAAAACUUGUUGAAUUUUUCAAAUUUCAUUGGAUUUUUGAAACAGUGAAAAUUUUUGGAAAGAAAAAAAAUUAUUCGAAAAUCCGAUGCAAAAAUGGAAUUCUCAGAAUUCUGAAAAACUCGGGAAAAAUUCUGGAAUUAUCGAUUAAGUGAUGCGUGAGGUUUUGAAAUGCUCUUCUCUUCUCUAAUCUGAGCAAUGCACUACUUUCACAGCUAAAUAUUUUCGAAUCACGUUCUUAGAAAAAAUCAAAAACUUGUUGAACAUUUCAAAUUUCAUUGGAUUUUUGAAACAGUGAAAAUUUUUCGAAAGAAAAAAAAUCAUUUGAAUGAUUCAAAAAUGGAAUUUUCAGAACUCUAGGAACUGUGCUAAUUCUAAAUUUUUUUUUUUAAAUCGGGAAAACAGGAAACUAGAAAACCAACAAUUCGGACUUGAAAUUCGAACUCCUGACGCAAAAAAUACCGAAUGAACAUCAUAAUUUCAAAAAAAAAAACUUGAAAACGAGAGUUCAAAGUUUAUUUUCAGUGUAAAAUUUUCUAGAUAAACUCAGAGCCCUGAUUCCAACCCUAAUUCAAAUUUAAAAUGAUCCUAAAUAUCCUAAGCUUCCAGCCACGACGUAAACGAUUUCCAAUCGGAGCAACAAAAAACCGCCUGGGUCACCUACAACGGAACAAUCGGCUACUACACCUCCUGUGUCGUCUCCGUAGUUUGCCAAAUGAAUGUCUUCAAAUUCCCCAUGGACUCGCACAUUUGCUCGAUAAAUGUGCUCUUUCAUCAAUGCUACAAAAACGAAUACGAAAUAAUCAAUUACCCGGCCAAUAUUUCAUGGCCAAUUGGUCAAUUGGGAAAUGGAGAAUGGCAAAUUGAAUGGAUCAAUUCGACGACGGUUUAUGGCGGAGGUUUUGGUUUGAGUGAUGUUGUAAGACAUUUUUUUUGAUUUGAAAAACUGAAACUGUUGACAAAUUUGAGUUUUCUAGCAACAAACUGUGGCAAAAAUCAAGCGAAAUCCUGGAUUUUAUAUAAGUCUCGUUAUAAUUCCCGCAUUUUUCAUCAAUGUUUUGAGUAUUGUGGCACUUUUUAUUAAUGUUGAGGCAACUUCGGAGAAGGUUAGCGGAACUCGGGGAAUUUUUGGGAUCAAAAAGUUUUCAGAAAUGGCGAGAUUUCAAAAAAUAUAAUAUAAGCUGAGCAAUGCUUUAAAGAAAAACUCUGAAUCAAAAGAAUUUCUCUAACAUGAGCAAUGCCUGAAAAUUCAAAAUCCUUGAUUUUAUGAAGCGAAGUAUGAAGACGGAUCAUCCUAACAUGAGCAAUUAUUCAAAAAAUCACAGAAAACAGAAAAUUCUCAAUUGAGCUAUUCGGAAAAAUAUGAGCAAUCCUCAAAAAAAACAAAAACUUGAUAGUUUAUAGGAACCUAGUCAUAUUUAUACUCAAAAUGCUCCAAACCCCCCCCCCAAAAAUCUUCCAAAAAUUCCAGUUCGGCAUCGGUCUAACCAACAUAAUGGCAAUGACAUUCAUCCUGGCAAUCCUGGCCGACGAUCUCCCAAAAACCAAAAACAUUCCCCUUUUGGCAAUCUACGUCAUAAUUAGUUUGGUGAUAAUUGUAGUUGCACUUCUCUCAAUUCUAAUUCUCAACAAUUUCCGGAAGCUCUUCAAAAAUCGCACCAAAAAGGAUUCGAAAAAAAUCGAGAUUAUUUUGCUGACUUUUUUCGAAUUAGCAAAUUUCAUCAAUUUUUUGAUGCUAUUUUUGUGA